AUGCGUUGGGCUUUUCCAAAACCUCUUUACUAUUACACAACCGGUAUAACUAUUGUCGGUUCUGUUUACUUACUAAAAGAUUAUCUAGGUGGAGUUGUUUAUCAGACAAAUGAACAUAUGAAGGAUAAAAUAGUUAUUGUGACAGGAGCAAACAGUGGAAUUGGUAGAGAAGUAGCUCUUGAUUUAGCCAAACAUGAAGCCACAGUUAUAAUGGCCUGCAGAGAUAUGGAUAAAUGUGAAAUUGAACGUGUUCAGAUGGUAAUGGAAACUAGGAAUAAAUAUAUUUAUUGUAGAAAAUGUGAUUUAGCAUCUCAAACAAGUAUUAGAAAUUUUGUAAAUGAAUUUAAGAAAGAGCACAAGAAACUCCAUAUUCUUAUAAAUAAUGCAGGAGUAAUGUCAUGUCCUAAAACCUAUACUGAAGAAGGAAUUGAAAUGCAGCUUGGUGUAAAUCAUAUGGGACACUUUUUGUUAACAAAUUUAUUGUUAGAUGUUUUAAAAGAUUCUGCACCAGCAAGAAUUAUAAAUGUUUCCAGUGCUGCACACAAGCGUGGAAAAAUUAACCUAAAGGAUUUAAAUAGUCAAGAGGAUUAUGAACCUAGUGCAGCAUAUGCACAGAGCAAAUUAGCUAAUAUCUUAUUUACAAGAGAAUUGGCAAAUAAAUUAAAAGGUACUGAUGUAACAGUAAAUGCAGUUCAUCCUGGUAUUGUGCGAACAGGAAUAACGCGACAUAUGGGCCUUGCUCAAUAUUUUUUAGGUCGAAUACUUAUAAAUACAAUAACAUGGAUAUUUAUUAAGCCACCCACGAGGGGAGCACAGCCUAUUUUAUUUCUUGCAUUAGAUCCAUCUGUGAAAGAUGUAACUGGAGCCUAUUUCGAGAAGAAUAAAACGCACGAUCUUACUAUAAAUGCAAAAAAUGACGAUAUUGCAAGAUGGCUGUGGGAAGUUAGUGCAAAAUGGACGAGGUUAAAUGUUGUAUAA